GAUAGGAACGAGAAUCUCUCACUCAUACACAACAGUGGUGUAGAAUAAUUCCUCGCUUACGCGGUUUGCCAUAAUGCAAAAAGACACUAAAGCCCUUACGUGCCUUUAUAAUGACAUACAACGCUGAUUUUCUCUUUGUGAUUCAAAUCUAACCUCAAAAGCUCUCUUAGGCGAAACCCUAAAACUCCCUUUUCUCCGAUUCUAAACCCUAAUUUUCCCUCAUUCGUCUUCUUCAUCACGCUUUCCCCCCCUAUAAAUCCACAACGCACACUCAUCUUCUCUCCAAUUUUCUCCAUCUUAUUAUCUCCUUGUUCUUCUAGCGCAGAUUUUCUAUCAUCUACAGGGCUACUUCAUUGAAAUUUCUUGAAGGCUUUGAGCUUGUUAAAUUGCAAGUGCUAUGGCUUCUUCAUUGGAUAUUUCACUUGAUGAUAGAAUUAAGAACAACAAGAGUAUCCGAGGCAGAGGAGGAGGUAGAGGACGUGGCAAAGCCCUUUCUGGCCGUGGAAGUGGGACUGUAGGUGGUGGAAGAAGGACUGGUGCUGUUAAUGGGAGAAGAGUGACUGGUAAUGGUGGAAGAACAACUGGUGCUGUUCGUAGAGGCCCACUUAUGGUCAACACUCGCCCAUCAUCUUAUGCUAUUGCCAAGUCUAUUCGCAGAACCAAGGCUUUUCCAUGGCAGAGCGAUUUGUUUGAGGAUAGCCUUAGAGCUGCAGGAAUACAAGGAGUAGAACUUGACACAAAGUUGUAUGUUUCAAACUUAGACCGAGGAGUUACCAAUGAAGACAUACGGGAACUUUUCUCCGAGCUUGGGGAGUUGAAGCGCUAUGCUGUUCAUUAUGAUAAGAAUGGAAACCCAACCGGUUCGGCUGAAGUUGUCUAUAAUAGAAGAAGUGAUGCAUUUGCUGCUCUCAAACGGUAUAACAAUGUGCUUUUGGAUGGAAAGCCCAUGAAGAUUGAGAUUGUUGGAACAAAUUCUGAAUUGCCUGUAACUGCACGGGUUAAUGUCUCUGCGAUGAAUGGACAGAGAAAGAGGACAGUUGUAAUGACGCCUAGAGGCGGAAGAGGUGGAGGUGCUGCUGUGCUAAAUCGUGGUGCUGGCUGGGGACGCCGUGGUGGCUCAAGGGGUGGUAGUGGUAACGUGCGUGGCAGAGGCCGAGGCCGCCCUGGCAGGGGUGGAGGUCGUGGUCGUGGAAGAAAGGAUGGAGUUGAGAAGUCAGCUGAGCAACUUGACAAGGAACUAGAGACCUAUCAUGCAGAGGCUAUGAACAUCUCAUGAUCUCGGAAUCAGCAAGUUUGAUUAGUACUUUUUAGUCAAAAUUUGCUAUGGCUUCCUUGUACAGAAGCUGUUUUACUUUGGCUUUAGCUUGAAUAUUUCACUUCGCUGUGCUGUUAAAUAUGCUAUCCUAUUUUCACUGCUUUGAAAUCUUGUUAAGUUGCUGAAUGAUUAAUUGAGAAGUUGCCAGAUUAUAUAGAUAGUUUUUUUUUUCCGUUA